UUCCUUUGAUCGAAAUUCUUGCUUUAUGGUGUUUUGUGUUCGUAAAUGUUGGUGGUAGUCCUCUAUGGACGAAAAUGAGAAAACCCAACCGAAAGAAUGAAAGGAGAAAUUGAAAGCAGUAGAAACUGAAAACGUAAACACCAAACAAAACGUUGUCAUUGUCAUUGUACAUCUACAUUGUGAUAAACCUAUUAUAGUAGAUAGAACUGUGGAGAUUGAAGAGUGUAAAAUGUGGGACGAAAGUCAACUUAGGAAAUACGACAUGGUUUUUGAUCCUAUUCCUAGAUUGUCUCAUGAUGAUCCCAAAGUUGACGAACUAAUUUCUCAGAAUAAACCAGUGGUAAUAACGGGAUCAGACCUUGUCAAGAGUGCCUUGAGAUGGAAUCUGGAAUAUUUAGAAGAACACAUUGGAAGCAACAAGUGCACAGUGGUUUUAUCGAAAAGUCAUAAAUUCAAGUAUUUUGAUACUGACAAGGUUCCUCACCAGUUGCUAGCAGACUUCAAGCCUGAUUCUAGAAGAGUGAAUUUAAAAAUAUCUGAGUUUAGCAGAAGGCUUCGUGAUUGGAAGAAAGGAGAUGAACGACCUUAUCUGCAACAAAUGCUGAACAACACAAUGGGUCAAGGAAUUGUGGAAGAUUUUCUGCAGUUCCGCUGGGACUGGAUCAAUGAUAAACAGAAGAAACAUUCGUGGGGACCUCUGACCUUUAACUUACUCCUGGUGGGGAUGGAAGGCAAUGUGACACCUUGUCAUUACGACGAGCAGCAAAAUCUAUUUGCCCAGAUCAGAGGCUUCAAGAGGUGUAUUCUCUUCCCUCCUGAGCAGUUUGAAUGUUUCUACCCACAUCCUGUUCAUCAUCCGUACGACCGGCAGAGUCAGGUGGAUUUUGACGAACCUGACCACACACGGUUCCCGCGGUUUGCAGAAGCUAGGGGUCAGGAGGCAGUGGUGGGCCCGGGAGACGUCCUGUACAUCCCACAGUUCUGGUGGCACCACAUAGAGUGUCUAAUGCAUGGUGGCUACACUGUCUCCGUCAACUUCUGGUACAAGGCUGGACCCAAUGGACAGGUGACGUACCCUCUCAAGGGCCACCAGAAGGUAGCGAUCAUGCGCAACAUCGAGAAGAUGCUGGCGGAGGCUCUACAUGACCCGAGCGAGGUGGGUCCCCUGCUUCGUGCCCUGACACUCGGUCGAUAUACCGACCCCUAGCUCUGCACGGUGUACAAGCCUACACGCUAGUCACAGCACAGUUCCUACGAGACUCAGUAUUCAGUGCAGGGGUCAUUUUAAGUGCUUGCGGUGAGUUUUAAUAUAUUUUAAUGUUCAUUACAAGAUAUUUUACAUAUACAGCUUGUAGAUUAAUAAACAUAAGGUUAUGCCAAAAUGUUGAUGAUUUCUGGACAUGAUAAGCAAUUUUUCUCUCUAAUUCUAAAUUAAACACAUUGUUCAUAGCUUUUUAAAAUUAAUGAAAUAGUGAUAUAACAAAAAAUUAAAAAAGAAACAAGUUUUGAAAAGAUUUGUUUAUGUUGAAAAAAUGUUAUGUCAUCAAUUACUACACAAGCAUGCUUAUUUGUAAAUAGUCAUUAUCAAAUAUCUCAGUUACAUAGAAAUGCAGAACUAAAUAAACAAAGUAAUACAAAUAUAUUGAUUGUAAAUAAGAUGUUUCAUCCAGCAUAGUAUUACAAAACUCAUCAAGUGUUUAACCCUUUCAGGGCCAGGA